CCAGGCUUAACGAAUGCUGGACACGGGUCAAGUCGAGCUCGACACACAUGGGUCUCUCGCAAUUCCACGUACAGAUCUCCAACCUCGGACCCCAUGCCUCGUCCAUCGUCAUCGCCAUCAACACUUGUCAUUGUUGCAGCCCAGAGACACACUGCCGUGACGCGACGAGUCACCUCGAAAGAUGAUCGCUGCGCAUGCGCAUAACCGUAAGAUUCACACAUGCCUGGGAAACGGAAUCGGGCGAGGACGUGGACGUGGAUCUGCGCUGGAUGCGGACGAGGAACAAGGGAAAUACAUUUUGAAAAUUUAACGAUGCGCACAUUUUAUUACGGCAAUUAAUUACAAAAACAACGCGGCCAAAACGAAAUCUUAGUCACUUUAUCAGGAGAGGCCCGGAGAACGGCAGAAGAAAGAGCGAGGAGCGGGGUGCAAGAGAGAUCCCAGCGAUCCGAGGGCUGCGAUAAGGCUUAUGAUAGAUGUGACUAGUAGAGCGCUACUACCAAAUGGUUCUGGGCCUGCAGAUUGCAGCUCCGCUCGUAAUUGGAGGCGCGACAGUUUGUCUCCAGCAGUCAAACCUGGUUAGUUGGAGAGCCCAGGUCUCCGGGAGAGCGAGCGAGAGAUCGGCGGAAACCUGUUUCUCGACCAAUUAAAUUCGAGAGCGGGAGCGCAAGCCUGGCUUUAGGCCCGGCCAGAAGACGAUGACGGCCCACAGCAGCCGUGAGUCCAAGACAUUUCGAGUUCCGACGCGUAACGCGACAGUUCCCCUGCGAAGCCUCUCCGUAGACAACGAAAACACCCAUCCAAAUCGGUGCCCCCCAGCGGUCUAUGAGUGACACUUCGGCGCGUAGAAGAAUGGGUUUCAAGCACGCCAUGCUGCAGCGCAGUUACGACCUGUCGCCCUCGCCGGCACGCACUUCGCCCACCCACAAUGGAGCCCAGAACCUGGCAGCUGGCCCCCAAAUGCCACCCGUUCAGGUCACCGACUUUAGCAUUAGUAAGAUCCUGGGAAAGGACCGCAAGCCAGCUCAGGAUACGAGCACGAGCAUACUGGAUCUCUCCAAGAGCAGCAGUCUUAGCCUUAGGAGUCCUCCAACUGGAGGAAGUGGAACUGCACCUGGAACUGGGUUAGCAAUGUCAGCUCCCUAUGGAGGCUACUCCAUGCUGCCCCCCGAUCUGGUGGCCAUGGCCAACGCCACCAAGUUCUAUGCCCAGUUCUUCCCGCAUCUACUGCCCGCCUAUGCGGCUGCUGCAGCGGCUGCAGGAUUGAGUACACCACCCACUUCGCCCUAUCCACAGCAUCAUCACCCUCAGCAGACUCUACCGAGCCAGCAGAAGCGCUUCUUUGCCCCCUAUGUGAUCAAUGCACAGGCUCAGGCGCCCCAGCAGCCCCUCAUCCGGCCAAAGAGCACCGCCUGCACUCGACCAGACUGCCUGGAGUGCCUGGACUACUACCAGAGAUUGCAGGCCGGAGGUGGCUACAAGCAGGCCACGCCCCUAAUCUCGCCCGCCGCCUCCUCCGUCAGCAGCUCCAGUGGUUCCGUGCGUCCCGUCAGGGAUCUGAUCAUGAGUGCCGCCGGAGGAGCCGCCGCCGCCACAAGCAUCUCACUGACCACCGUGACCAAUCUGAGCCUCAGCUCGGUUCAGACUUCAGCCGUCGGGUUGAUGCCCAAAAUGGCCGGCGGAGGACUGGUCAGCACAGCCGUCGGCAGUGGUAAUGGAAUCGGAGGCGUUGCUGGCUACAAUCCAACUUCCCCCGAGGAGAUCAGCUACAAGUGCAGGAUUUGCGAGAAGGUCUUCGGAUGCUCUGAAACUUUGCAGGCUCACGAAAAGACGCAUAAGUCCCCGCGUUACGAGUGUGCGGAUUGCGGCAAGGGCUUCUCGCAGCUGCGGAACUACAAGUACCACCUGUCCGUCCACCGGGGAACCAAGGAGUUCGCGGCCGAGUGUCCCGAGUGCGGCAAGACGUUCAACGACAAGGGAUACCUCAGUAGCCACCUCAAGAUCCACCGGAAUCGCAAGGAGUACGAGUGUCCGUACUGCCCCAAGUCCUUCAACCAGCGAGUGGCCUUCAAUAUGCACGUGCGGAUUCACACGGGAGUAAAACCGCACAAGUGCAACGAAUGCGGAAAGCGGUUUUCCAGGAAAAUGCUCCUGAAACAGCACAUGAGGACCCACAGUGGCGAGAAACCCUACCAAUGCUCGGUGUGCGGCAAGUCCUUUGCCGAUCGCAGCAACAUGACCCUGCACCAUCGCCUCCACUCGGGAAUCAAGCCCUUCAGCUGCCCCCUGUGCCCCAAGGCCUUCACCAAGAAGCACCACCUGAAGACCCACCUGAACUACCACACGGGAUGCAAGCCCUACGUCUGCCCCCAUCCCAACUGCAAUCAGGCCUUCACCCAGUCGAGCAACAUGCGAACCCAUGCCAAAAAGUGCCAGUACCGUCCGCUGGAUGGAGUCACCUCCUCCGCACCUCCUGCUCCUGGAAAGGGUCCCCAACCGGUGCCACCAUCCACCCUGGCUCUGGCCAUGGCUCCGAGCUUUGCGAUGCCUCCGCCUCCUUUGCCAGCCGGACCUUCUCAGCCGCCCACUCAGCAAACCCUGCUCAGCAACCUCAGGACAUUCUGAACCGAAGGAUCUUCAGUGUAACCCCAAGCAGUAUCUACCAAAUUGUAGCACUUACCAAGCAUAGUUCUUCCAUUGUUGUUAUUCAGUUUAGGUUUAGUGUCAAUAAAAGUGUUAGUAAAGAAAACAUGUUUAAG